UAUUAAUUUACUUAAAGAGUAUGGACACUGGGAAUAGGAACAUGAAUGUCUCAUUCGAAGCACAAUCCGCCUCAGAUAUCUUUAAAGAUCCUGUCAUGAGCGACUUGAACGCAAGAGCUGACGAGAAUAUUGAGAGCAUCAAAAGAAUCCAUGAUCUUUUUAUGAUCAUACUAAUUUCGUUAUGAUUCAUACUGGGCUGAAUCAUAGUAGCUAUCAUCUGGCAAUGAGUGUGUAGAAGAAUUAUAAGAAGAAAGAAGACUAGAAAGGAAGGUUUCCGAACCUCUCAGCCAAAGAUGGACUUCCCCGUAGAAUCAAUGAAACCAAUGCCAAGGAGCAGGAAGUCCAAGAAGUUGAGGUCUUUAGGCCUGCAGAACUAAGGGGUCAUAUUUUAAGAACACUUUUCUCC